UCCUGAUCACUUUUUUCUCUUCCAGGUGCUUAAAAAUAGAUUCUCUGAGGACCUGCUCCAUGAUUUUUCUGAGGACUGAGGUGAGGCUGACUGGUCUGUAGUUCUCUGGAUCCUCUUUUUCCCUUUCUUAAAGACGGGCACUAUGUUUGCUCUUUUCCAAUCAUCCGGGACGUCCCUCGAUAGCCAUGAGGUUUCAAAGAUGAUGGCCAGUGGCUCUGCAAUCACAUCAGCCAACUCCCUCAGCACCGUUGGAUUCAUUACAUCUGGCCCCAUGGACUUGUACACGUCCAGCUUCUCUAAGUAGUCCCUAACCUGUUCUUUCACCACUGAGGGCUGCUCACCUCCUCCCCGAACUGUGCUGCCCAGUACAGUAGCCUGGGAGCUGACCUUGCCUGCAAAGACUGAGGUAAAAAAGGCAUUGAGCACCUCAGCCUUUGCCACUUGCAACCACAAAUAUUUUAAAAUGUAAUUAUUAUCUCAAGUUUGAGAACUAAAAUCUUCUCUCUAUUGCAUUGGUGGAAAGAGGAGUGAAUUCUGUCGAUUCAUUACUGUCAAUGCCAACGCUUGUCAGAGCAGCAGGUGAGAAAUUGGCCGUUCUAGCCCUCCACGCUUCCUGACAUAAGUGUUAUAUGGGUAUUAUAUACACUCAAAAGGUAUCAGUGUCAUCGGUGUAACAAGCACAUUUAUCAGGAAAUUGUGUCUGAAUUAACAUCGACUCGUGCAGCGUUUACCAUUGGAUCUUUCUGGGCUGGGAGUACUUGGGAUCUCAGUCCUGUGUGUCAGCCAGCAGCACAGCGCUGAACUGUGGAGAAAAGGAUCAUCUCUUCAGGCUCUGACAGGGCCCUCCACUUCCAUGGUCCAGACACCACUGCACUCAGUGCACAGCUCCAGCUGACUCGAUCAAACAUUAGAUCAGUCUCGGAGCAUGCGAGCAUUGACAAGGCAGUAGCCCAAAGUGAGAUAAUUUAGAAGAUACCAGACUCCUGCAAUAUGGAAACGGUAUCAGCUGUCCAACACGGCUUCAUUAUGCUGGUGACCACAAAUCUGAUCGUCAAACCAGUUCAAUAAUAUCUGUCCAGAGACUCAGCUGAGGGUUGCAGAGUAGACAGCUUCCAAGAAGAUCUUUGAGGAGGUGAGAAAAAUCAGACAAGAGAGCUAUUGUGCCGCAGCCAGAAAAUAAUAAUUUUAAUGCACACAACCACGCCUUAAACUGAGACUUAAUAUUAAUCCAUGUCCUGAACAUGUCUGCAUGACAGCAUGCUAAAAAAAUUCUUCUCUGAACCAGGACUGAAGUCUUCUUUUUUUCACCAAGAUCAUGGCUUGAAAUUCCCCCAAAAGGACUCCUGGUCUCUGAUUGCAUCAUGCAGCAGUGAGAAUGGAGAGGUGUUCUGCAAGCAAGGAAGUAUGCAAUAGGGGAGGAAGAAGAAACAGAGAAUAAAGCCUUGUAAUGGGCUUAAUAGAGAAGAAAAUGGCUUAAUUAAUGAAUAAGCCCCUAGACUGUUAUGCUGCAUGGAUCUCAAGGCCCAUGCUGAAAGGCUUUUGCUGAAGAAAAAGCUGCAAUCCACCCACUUUAUGCUCCAGCUUCAUCUUCCUUGUUUACCAGGGCCCACCCCACAUCUGGAGGGAGCCGCAUGGACACGGUUAUGUGACUGCAAGGAAGUGUUUCACAUUCACGGUGCAAGUUGUAGCAGACAGCUGAUCGUCGCUCCUUGAUUCUCGUAGCCCAGUACCUCCUCUCUAGACGUGCCGAGGAGCUGGACGGCGCAGCUUCGGCACUAGAGACAGAAGCAGCACGUGGCAAGGCUAGCACAGGAGGGGGCAGAACCGUCUUGAUUGCCUUUCUGCCAGCUCUUCUAACCAAGGGGAACUUGUAGCCAGUGUAAGUCCAUAUUGCACUGUAUAAAGACCCCAAAGGGAAGCAGAGAUUCCUGCCCAGCAUUACAGAGACUCAAGUGCCCAGGCCUGCUCUGCCACUACACUGCAGCCCCGUGCCCCUGGAGCUGGUGAGAGGAUGAUUCAGUCUCUGGGCACAUUUGGUGCCUUGACAUGGGAGACAACAAAGCUGACAGGUUCGUACCAGUGCAGCGAUGCUCACUUCACAGAAGCCAGCGAACAGCCUUCAAAUCGGUAACGCCUUCUGAUGGACUGUGACCAGGGAUUUGAACAAGUGUCCUGGCAGGGAAGCCCCAAGUAUUCUGGAAAGCCACCUACAAACUGGACAGGGGGGUUAAAUGGAACAGGAAAUACAGACGUGCUCCUUUCCUCUUGGAUUGAACCUCCCUGGAGGGCCACACAGGCUGAACGUUGCCCGGCUGGGCUUCAGUGAUGUCUUUCCAAAACGACAGCCACCAUCAUGCUAAACUAACUGUGAACCUUGGUUUAGCUAGCGCGGGUACAGUCAUGUAAGUGAGCUUUGUUUAGAUUGUCAGCUGAAUCCAUAUGCCCAAUAACCAGUUGGCUUUUUCUUCUGCAAAGAUCACUAUAAAAAGCCUUUGAUGCUUUGAGGAAAGGAUUGCUGAACUCUAGCCAAGCCAUUCUCUUUGCAUAUGAAAAGCAUAUCAGCUCCAUGGCUGCUCCUGAUGGGUUCAGCAGCAAUCGCCGAGAUAGUCUUUUUCUUUAAACUUUUAUGGAGGCUAUUUUGGUUCUGGCACACACCUCACCCAGCAGGAUAUGUUCUCAGUAAAGCUGAAAACGUACAAGGGGAGCAGGAGGAAAAGCUGUGGGAGGAAAGAGGCAAUCUGCGGGGUCGGGGCGUUUCUGAGCGGAGAUCACUUUGGUGAACUCGUGGACUUCUCUCAGCAGGGCAGAGCAGGGGUAGCCACAACACCAAUGUGCUGGUCAAAUGCAUAAAAAUAGUAUCUGGUGCAAGGGUGAGUGAGUCUUUUGGUUGAGUUUGGUUGGCAGUUAUUCUUUGGGGAUCUCACAGAUGGGGAGAAGGUUGGUUUUUUGCUCUGUUACAGGCUGGCUGUGUGGUGCACAAGUCACUUGAGGUACGGACUUACAAACAAUUGACUGCGGUGUAAAGAGUGGCUUUACUGCUUACCUGCUGCUGUAUGCUGACGGUGUGGUCUGGCUUCGUGCUAAGGAGAAGUCGAGGAUCAUCGUCUUCCAUGUUUGUCUUAUCUGUGGGUCCAAAGAUGGCUGAUGAGGCUGAUCCGGGAUCAACCAACUAUUGCAAAUUGGCAGCUCCUCUAAAGGUCUCCGCUUUCAUCUCAUAAUACAGGAAAAUGACUCGACCUGCUCCUGCUCCCAUGGAGACAGAAAACGGAUGCAGCACUAGGGUGAUGUGAUCCUUGAUGAGGCCAAAUCCAGCCGCGCUGGUAGGUGCAACAGUGUAAUUUGGCCACUUCCUGGAAUACAGCAAAUCUGUCAUUGUCUCUGUCUGCCUCUCAUUAGUGGGUAGCUCAUUAAGUCCAGAAGGAAAGGGAUGCCAAUGGAGUCAUUAAUGGUUGCAAAUCAAAAGCUCCUGCAUGCAUGAAUUCAACACAUUGUCCAGCUUUAUUUCUGGGUACCAAUUCCUUACUGAACACACAACGGUGCCUAGACAUUCAUUGCCUGAUACCUGUAAAACAGGAAGUCCUUAUUCUGUUCUUACACGUUUCGCCUGUGUGUGGACCAGGUAGAGAUGGAGUAAAAGGCUCAAGAUUUGGCCCAGGGCGUCCUGCCGCUUUGAAGCAAUUUGUAUCAGGAUCAGAUUAAUUAAUACAGUGCAUGACCUCUCUGGCACUAGCCACCAAGCUACAAUGAUAAUGCAAUGUAGAGAGCACCCGUCCCAGUGCAGAGGCACUCUCAUAGAAUACAAUAUUUAACCCCAGGUACACUGGAUCUGAGGAACCGCGCUCCCCUCUUCCCACACAGUGCUCUGAUCAAAGCAACUUUCUUGCCGCUUGCUGAAGCCUGGCUCAGCGCAGCUGAAUGACACCGGGUGCAGGAGUCUGUCUCAUCAUCACAGGAGCAGGGAGACUCUGAUUUGAAUGGCACUCCUGUUUUGCAUAGACAAAGCAGUCUCACGCUGCUCCCAUCCACCCUGCUAUCUUUCCACAUCUUCUCUUUACUGGGAGACAGAUUUGCAUCAGGAGGCUCUUGGCUAAAUGCUGCAGAGGAGCAGGCUGAAUUUUUUGGCACUUAGCAGAGGGAUAACAAAAAAGGAGCAUUUUUCUUUUCCUUUAGGGCAUGUAUAUUCCAGGUGAGCGCCCAUCUGAUGGACUGAAUCAACACCUCCAAUCAACAUAGAUACUAAGCAUCUUUCAAUAGCGUGUCUCCGUCUUGGUAAUAAGAAGAGGAACAACCCAUUUGGUAUUUUUUAUGGUAUUUCUGUAGUUGUUUUCUUGCUUUUUGGCUUUGCUUUAAGAAUCUGAAAAUAUUUGCGCUUACUUUGUGAGUGGAGGGGCAGUGAAGAGAAGAGCUUUAAGUAGGCAAGGAUUACAGAGCAAACCAUGUUAAGGGCAAGGGGGACUGGCAGGUGUAGGUGUAUAAUAACGUUAAAUUAGCUGCAGCCAUGUGAUAUAGCUUAGAUCUGGGCUGAUUGCCUUAUUUCAGUAUCAUCAGCCAGGGAAAGUGCAGUGCUUCUGUGCACAUGAAACUACAAAGAAUCCUUGGCUGCUUCCGAGCAACUAGCAUCGAGCAGUAUUUGUGCCUUGGGGUCCCCCAACUUUGUAAAAUCUUUGCCCUUGAAAUGUGCUUUAUUCACAAUAGGUUUCUCUUGUGGAGCAAGAGGCUGUUUCAAGGGCUCACCUGCCAGGUGGCUCUGGGGGCUGGAGAGUUACCUGGGAAAGCAUCUUAACUGCAUUACUGUGUGAGGCACGUCUUUUCUCUAGAUUAAAAAAAUAGACAUUUAAACAUGCGUAGGGACGGUUGUAUUUGCUGACGGGAGGGUGACUUCACAUUUCACCGUCAAGGCUAAGGAAAGCUGUGGGAGUGCAUGUGCUUCUUUCUCCACAUCUGUGAGUAAUUUGUGUGUGUGUGUGUGUUAUGAGCAGAGGAAAAAAAGAGAACUGUUUUUCCCAAUUUUUACAUCCUUUACUCACUUGUGUCAGAGCUGUGCAGUGUGUCCGGGUUCCACGAAGCAGCAGCUGAGGUCUGUGGGUUUGUUUGCACUGAAAAUGUAAAUACAGCCCUGGGGAUUGGAUUCACAAGAGCUGAGAAAAGGGACAUGAAUCUUGACAAGAGAGAAGGGGAAAAAUCCAGAGCUGGUUGGGGUUGGAAGAACCUUAUCCAUCUGGUUUGUGUUUUGCAAAACCAGAUCCCAAACCAGGAGGGAUUCAGUGUGAGACCUUAUUCUGUCAAAAUGCAAAGUACUCAGGGACGGUGUUUGAGCAUCUCUGUACAAGGAGGGAUUUGCUUAACUCCUUCUAGUCCUCAUCUCUCUAUUGCAGACAGGAAAGGGCAAGGUCAGCCUGGGCUGGGUCUUUUAAGCCUUCUCCUUGAGGGGUCUGAAAACCCUGUGUGGUUCAGCACAAGGCCCAUUUUAGUGGGCCGUACAGAGUUCAGAGGACUCAGAUCAAAGCUCCAUCUCCCCUGAGCAGGAACUGGAUCUGGAUCAGUUUUCAAAGUACACCUUGGACCCAAUGAAUUCCUGGUGCAAUGUCAGCUAGCUGCAGGGGUUCGUCUCAAAAGUGGACUGCCGUGUUUAACUCUUGUGAGUGUUGUCUUCAUUGGGUUAACCCAUCUCAAUGCUCUUGUUCAAUGGGACUCACUAGCUGCAAAUGACCAUCUUGAAAUAGGUCCUUGGCUCUGUUUGUUAGGCAUUUCUGUGGACAUAGAUUCAUAGAUGUUUGGGUCAGAAGGGACCUCAGUAGGUCAUUGAAUCUGACCCCCUGCCCUGGGUAGGAAAGAGUACUGGGGUCAGACAACCCCAGCUAGGUGCAUGUCCAGUCUCCUCUUGAAAACCCCCAAGGUAGGGGCGAGCACCACCUCCCUUGGACGCCCAUUCCAGAUUCUGGCAACCGUCACCAUGAAGAAGUUUUUUCUAAUGUCCAACCUAAAUCUGCUCUCCAUCAGUUUGUGGCCAUUGUUCCUAGUUACUCCAGGGGUGCCCUAGUAAAUAGAGCAUCUCCUAGUCCCUGCUGCCCUCCCCUGAUGAAUUUGUAGGUGGUCACAAGAUCCCCUCUCAGCCUUCUCUUGUGAAGGCUGAAGAGAUCUAGGUCCCUCAGUCUCUCCUCGUAGGGCCUUGCCUGCAGCCCCCUAACCAUACAAGUGGCCUCCUCUGAACCCUCUCGAGGAUGUCCACAUCCCUCUUGAAGCACAGCACCCAAAACUGGACGCAGUACUCCAACUGCGGCUUGACCAGUGCUGCAUAGAGGGGAAGCAUCACCUCCCUGGACCUGUUCGCCAUGCACCUGCUAAUGCACGAUAAAGUGCGGUUAGCCUUGUUGAUCACUUCGUCACAUUGACGCCUCGUGUUCAUCUUGGAGUCAACAACUAUGACUCCAAGAUCCCUUUCCACUGCUGUGCUGCUGAGAAGGUUGUCCCCCAGCCUGUCACUGUGUUGGAGACUCCUUCUCCCCAGGUGCAGCGCUUUGCACUUGUCUUUGUUGAACUGCAUCCCAUUUUGUUCUGCCCAUUUUUCCAAUCUAUCCAGUUCCACGUGGAUCCGUUCCUUGCCCUCUGGUGUGUUAACUUUGCCCCGUAAGUUAGUAUCAUCUGUGAACUUGGACAGGGUGCCCUCCAUGCCUUUGUCCAAGUCACUGAAGAAGACAUUGAAUAGCACUGGUCCAAGGACCGAGCCUUGCGGGACUCCACUGCCCACAUCUUUCCAGGUUGAUACCGACCCGUCCACCACCACUCUCUGGAUGCGACCCCUAAGCCAAUUGCCACCCAUCAGACCACGUAAUCAUCUACAUCACCGCCUGCCAGUUUACUUAUGAGAACAGGAUGCAAUACCGUAUCGAAGACCUUCUUAAAGUCUAGGUAGAUGACAUCUACCUCGACUCCUGCAUCUAGACAUUUUGUGACCUGGUCAUAAAAAGAAACAAGGUUAGUCAGGCAGAAUCUAUCUGCGAUGAACCUGUGCUGAUUUCCUCUUAGCAUUAUUUCCCCUGCUGGGCUCCCACAAACGUGAUCCUUAAUGAUUUUUUUGAGAGGUUUCCCAAGGAUAGAAGGGAGACUAACUCACCUAUAGUUUCCUGGUUCCUCCCUCCUCCCCUUCUUGAAAAUGGGGACCACGUUGGCCCUUUUCCAGUCCCCUGGGACCUGACUGGAGCACCACGAGUGCUCAAACAGCCGUGCCAGUGGCUCUGCUAUGACACUGGCCAGUUCCUUCAGCACCCUUGGAUGAAGUUCAUCCAGGCCCGCUGAUUUGAACACACCCAGCCCCUCCAAGAGCCCCUUCACUAAGUCUGUGCUAACAGCUGGUGGGCUGGUGUCCCUCCUGUGUCUAUCUGCAAUCCAACUGGGAGAUUUGUCUUGGUCUGUGUCUAGGAAUACAGAUGCAAAGAACUCAUUGAAGAGCUCAGCUUUGUCCCCACUCUGUCACCAAUGCCAUAGUUUGUCCUGUUGGGGUCCUAUGCUAUCCUGCACCUCCCUUUUGCUCCCUAUAUACCUGAAGAAGGACUUUUUGUUGUCCUUAUUUUUUGUUGCCAGCCUAAGUGCUAAUCCUGCUUUGGCUUUCCUAACUGAUUCCCUGCAAGUGCGAGCCAGGGAGGUAUAUUCCUCCUUGGUAGCUACCCCCAGUUUCCACAGCCUGUAUCCCUCUCGCUUUGCUCUUAGGCUUUCCUGGACUUCCCUGUUCAGCCAAGAGGGCUUCUUGGCCCCUUUGCCCCCUUUUAUGUGCAAUGGGAUUGUCUCCUUCUGCACCCAUAGGAUUGUUCCCUUGAGGAACGACCACCCUUCCUGGACCCCCAUUUCACCAAUGCUCAUGAGUUUUAACGCCUCAAUAACUAAUCUCCUGAGCACAUUGAAUUUCGCCUUUCUGAAGUCUAGCACUUCAGCCCUGCUGGUUAAUUUACCCACCCUGCACCGGAUAGUGAAUUCAAUCCACCGAUGGUCACUAUACCCUAGGUUACCUUGUACCUGCAGAUCCUCCACCAGGUCCUCCCCUGUAGCUAACACCAAGUCCAGCAAGGCGUUUCCCCUAGUGGGACCGUAUCCCUCCUGCGGUAGCUGGGGGUCCUAUAGGCAGGUUAAGAACCUAUGUGAGCGGUUAGAUUUGCCUGGCUGCUCCUCCCAGCAGAUGUCUGGGUAGUUUAGGUCACCCAUGACAGCCAUAUCCCGUGACCAUAUGGCCUCUGAGAGCUGCCUGGAGAAUUCCAGGUCCAGCUCAUCCUCCUGGUGUGGCGGUCUGUAAUAGACCCCCACCGCCAAGUCCUUUUCCCCUGGACCUCCUUGUAUCCUGACCCGCAGGACCUCGGUUUGGCCCUCCUCUGAUCCCAUCUUGAUUACAGAGGAUGUAUACUGUUCUUUAACAUAGAAAGCAACACCGCCCCCUUUUUCCCCCACUAUAUCCCAUCUGUACAACCUGUAGCCCUCAAUGCCCACUGCCCAAUCAUGAGUAGGGUCCCGCCAGGUUUCAGUUAAUUCAACCAGGUUGAAGUUGUUGCUUGCAAGCAGGAGUGCAUGUUCCUCCUGCUUGUUCCCCAAGGUGAAGGCUGAGUCCUUGCAGUUGAGCCACUGUAUUAUUACUCGUAUCUGAAAGAGCCAUGUGGACAUGAUUGAGGUAUCGCACCUUCAUGGUGCAUGUAUGUAGCUAUUUUGGUCUGGAGAGGAAGGAAGACUCCUUAGCUCCUCUUCUUGGAGCUCUCUUGGGGACAUUUGGUUGAGGAAUGGCCUCUUCUCCACCUAUCCCCCCAUACCAUGGUGCAACAAGUAGUUCCUGUUUCCAGAAACUACAGAUCCAAAAGCACUGCUCAACACCAGGAGAGGGAAGACUUUUCAAGGACUCUUAGUUUAACAUCCCUGCUGUACCUAGAACUACCACAUAGUCUUUAAAGAUUAUAGAAGAUAGUCAGGUGCCCCAUUUUUUUAAGUCCUACCAGAAAGACCAUUCUUACCAGUAAAAUAUCUUAAAACUCAAUGCAUCCAUCCACUUCAGCCAGUAGAAGACCCUGGCUCUAGGGUAUUUGGGGUCCAGUUGCAGCUCUCUUUGGGACAGAGUGGCUGUAAUAGUGGUCUAAGGACCAUUAAGUCCAUCCACGCAGGUGUGUGGGGCAUGAGCUGCACAGUUGGCCAGUCAGAUGGUACUGGCUACUCCCCCUUGUUCCCAAUGGUGGAAUUACAUUGAAAACCACUAAAAAUACACAACCAUGUGGGCGAUUGCUAUAGUUACCACCGGGAUGAUGUGCGGUUGUGAAGGGGAGGAAAACACAGUCUGUGCAGUUGUCAAUGGAAGGGGACAAGGACCUGCCAAGAUGAUCCAUCUAUGAAGAGGUGCUCCACACUGUGGAAACUGGGAAAAAUUGGACUGGGCUUUUGGUAUAUGGCUUUGCUGUUGUUUGUUUAAUAACAACAACAUUUAUGAAUCCUUUGGUCAACUCACUGAGCCAUCUCCUUCUUCAUGUACCACUCUAAAUGGGUACCCGACAGCAAUUUUGCUUCUUUGAUUGAGUUUGCUGUUUGUUCUCCUCUAGGGAAUGACUGAAGAACAGCACCUCUGGGCAACUCUUCAGGCCACUGGCGCCAUGGAAGAAAACGUCUCCAUUUCCAGCUGCUCUGAGACCUGGAUCGAGCCCACUUUCACCCUAGCAGCAAGGGUCCGGGUGAUCAUCACCAUCUGCUUCUUCCUGGUAGCUGUGUGCAGCAACUCGGCCGUUCUGUACAGCAUCCUGAGGAAGCGGAGGAAGUCCCAUGUCAAGUUGCUGAUCCUGAGCUUAACGGCAGCGGAUCUGCUGGUGACCUUCACGGUCAUGCCCCUGGACGCGGUGUGGAACGUGACGGUUCAGUGGUACGCCGGAGACUUGUUGUGUAAAUUGCUGAACUUCCUCAAGCUCUUCGCCAUGUACUCCGCAGCCCUGGUGCUGGUGGUGAUCAGCAUUGACCGGCACUCGGCCAUCCUCCACCCCUUCACCUUCGCCAGUUCCAGUCGGCGCAAUAGACUCAUGCUAUGUGUCGCUUGGGUCAUGAGUCUUUUCCUGGCUUCACCCCAGCUUUUUCUUUUCCACCUGCACACCGUCCCCGGGGUCAACUUCACCCAGUGCGUGACCCACGGGAGCUUCCGGGAACACUGGGAAGAAACGGCCUACAACAUGUUCACCUUCACCACCCUCUACGUCACCCCGCUGAGUGUCAUCAUCGUGUGCUACAUCCGCAUCAUAUGGGAAAUCAGCAAGCAACUGAAGAUCAACAAGGGUCUGGCAAGAAGCAAAGACGACCACAUCUCCAAGGCACGAAUGAAGACUCUCAAGAUGACCAUUGUGAUCGUCGCCACCUUCAUUAUCUGCUGGACCCCUUAUUACCUCCUGGGCUUGUGGUACUGGUUUCAGCCAGACAUGAUUCAGAGGAUGCCAGAGUACAUCAACCACAGCCUCUUCCUCUUCGGCUUGCUGCACACGUGCACCGACCCCGUGAUCUAUGGGCUCUAUACCCCUUCCUUCCGGGAGGACAUGAAGAUGUGUCUGAGAGGAAUUGAAACUGUGUUCACCGGGCAGGAGAGACACAAGCCCAUCUCCAGUUCUGAGGUGAAUUUCAAAGACUACGUUGCAAACGGUGGGGCAGCUUCGGGUGGGUCCAAUGGGACGACCGUCCACACGGUUUGCUAAGGGGAAUCAUCCCAGAGGAGGAAAGGAACUGAGGGCGUUGCAUGGUGGAGAUGGCCAAGGACACUCAUUUUCCACCCCGCAAUAGUUGCCCAUGUGUUAUCGAGUCCUUUGCAUCUCCUGAACUCAGUCAGGAUGGACCACACACCAGUAGCACACCUGCUACUUUCACAGAUAGGGGCAACACCCUGGCUUUGUAAGUGCACUCACAGGUACCCUCAUGUUCUGGGUCUGGUUACCAAGCACGCCCGGGACGACCGGAGGGGUUCGGAGGGGCCUGCGUCCUGCUCAUCCAGCGGUUGUGCGGAGGCUGGGAAGCCUUUGUACCCUGGGUGUUUCAUUGGGGCUGUUUCCUCCUUGACCGUUUCAUGCUGCUCUGCGGCUGGGUGAGAUUGAGAAGCCAUUGCAGCGAUCCUAGGAUCGGGCAUCUGCCAACAGCUGCUUUUCCGGAGGACGUCUAGUAGCUUCUGAAAACCGUAGAGGAAGGGCUCGGUUUUCCAGGCAGCGGCUUUUCCUUCGAGUCCUGCUGGGUUAUGCCCGUGAUUCAAGUUACUCAGUAGUGCAGGUCUUUGCAGAAUCAGGCUGUAAUUCUCAUGGGUCUGAUUGUCCAGACCAAAAUGGGAUGGGACAUUUAAGGUUUUUUUCCCUUGUCUCCCCACGCAGCCUCCUCCCCAGCUCCACAGACUCAAACUCAUCUGCUGCUACACCCAUCCAGUGUUAAACGUGCAUAAAUGUUACCUUGCGGUGACUGCCGUUCUGUGACUGUUUUGUUCCCUGGGAAGUGCCAUAACGGGGCAGCUCGCUUUGGAAACGUGUGUGGUACAAAUAAAUUGUCCCCAGUUGGUUUGUGGGAAGGCCUUUCCAGUAUUUGUGCAGUGCACCUGUGCCCCUCAGAGAUGCUUGCUUUGGGCUGGCCUGACUCGAAAGCAAAGGUACCAAUCUGAGGAUUGUCGAGACUUCUGGUUUUCCGUCCAGGCAGGGCAGGGGAACAUCCUUUCUCCCUAUCCCUCCGCCAGGAUGGGGCCAAAUGAAAUCUUAGCAUGCCUUCAGUGUCUGUGCUCUAACUUUCAGCCACAACUACCCGGCUUGUAUCGGUGGUGCCUUGUUUCAGGGUAGUCUCCCACCAGCCAGCGCCAGGACUGGUGCCCAAAGCAUAGCUAAGCAGGAAUAAUUGCAUCAGUUUAGGACAAUAAGAGCCAUAUUCUAGUCUGACAUUUGGACAUCUGUGCUUGACUUUCUUUUGUCCGUACUCAGGAUGCAGAGAUUCAGAUGAAAAGAAUGGGGCCCCAGACUGCAAUCCUUACUCAGGCAAAAUUGCCGCUGGCAAAGUCAAAGGAGUCGGUAGGGAUGGACGUGACUUUGCCGAAAGGGGUGCAAGCUGGGAACCUAAUAUUGCAAUCACACUGCAAGGCCCUGGGAGCACGGACAGACCGCCCCAUCUCCUUCUGCCAGGAGCAUAAUGGUCCAAACCCCAGGCUCCUUAAUCCCAUGUCAUCCGCCCUUCCUUGAGUUCUCACUGGCCUUGGUUCCCAUCAGAGGAAGGCCCUUGGGAUGGCAUCGUUGUCCUGUGCUCCUCAGCCACGUUCCUGCGUCCUGCUCGUGCGAAGUCACUUCUAACUUUGCACUUUUCACACCCAGAGGGUUCAAACAGAGGGAAGAUGAUCAGACUGUUCCCCUUCUCAAACAGCAGCACCCCCACCCAGGAAACUCCAGUCACGCGGGAUCUGCAGAAGCUUGGCAAACACGAGGGAAGCAGAGGGGAAAGUACAUGUCUCUGGAAAUACAAUGGGUGAAGAAGUCUUUUGGAGUCUGAUUCCCCUCUGGAAAAUGCAGGUGAGGUGAACGGUAACACUGUACUUGUACCUGCCUCCAGUGACCUCUGCAACGACUCCCCGGCCUACACUCCUCCGAGACAGAAGGGUAAACUGAGGCCCAACCCAUUUGCCAGUGACAACCCCAAGGGUGAGAAUUAGGUCUGUUCACCAUUAGAGCCUCACUUAAACCAAGGGAAUAGAGAAGGGGAAGGUGUGGUAAGAGGAGGAAUAGGUAAAAGGAACAGAAUAAUAGCUGUGCUAAAAAGGAAGGAAAAAAACCCAGUAAAAAAGAUGAGAAAUGGGAGAGGAGAAAUGGGAGGAAAAACAGAAUUGCCUACAAUUCCCAAGCUGGGAAAUGCUGUUAUGGCUGUAUUACUCAUGGAGGGACCCACUGUUGUGGUUCAGUGGUUGACUCCUCACCUGUCACGUGGGAGACCUGGGUUUGGCUCCUGGACGCACAUGUAACUGCAGCCCUCGAGGCACCGAACGUCCGGACAGGGUCUGGCCUUUGGAUUUUGUCUCAGUGCCCUAAAGCGGGGAAGGACAGUCUGGGCAGCCUCCGCUCCUCCAUACUCCGACCUAGGUGUAGCACGCAUCAAAGGUCCUGGUGACCUCUUGUGCAUACACCAUGAUCCAGAAGGAUCGAUGGUUGCCAACUACACAUGGAGAGAGGGAGAGGCCCUUUCUCAAAGCACUGCGUGGGCUCACGACUGUGCAAGGUAACAAGACUCCAACUGAGCACGUGACGUGACCGUUACACGAGCCAGGAAAAGUCAAAGAGAAACCCACCAGAUUAGACCAAACUAAAGGCCCACAGAUGUCCCCCAAGGCCUGUGCUGAGAUCACGUCUGGGGCAGGGGUGGAAAGCAACAGAUCUAUUGCCCUGAUGGUAAGACAAAUCCUGACCAGGCCAAACCAGAAGGAUGGAGCUAGGUGACUUGGCCACCUCCAGCAGUUUCAGCUAUCUCCCCAACACUGCCUGGAAUAGGAGACUCGGGUCCUUUCUGCCUCCAGCUCCCUUCCACCCUCGUUUCAUUCCCCACCUUAUUUCUCUUCUUCGCUAGCUCUCUCUAUUUCUUUCUGCUUAACAAUCCCAUCUUCUGCAGCACCGCUGUGAGCCCGUGAUCAAAAAGGUUCACCAUCCAAAAGCAAGGUCUUAAGCAGCCCGGCACUGCUACGAGCGUGCCAGGUCUCAGCAGCUGCAAGAACAGCGUGUGGUCUUGUCUCUAAUUCCAAGGCGGCGAGUCAGUCUUCAAAACCACAGAUGCUGCUUCUUUCUCUGUUGAUUUUUCUUCCCCCUCUCCUCAUCGUGUGUUGUAUCUUUUGUCCUCAGGAGAAUGGGAUUAUAUUCAAACCACAGCAGCUCCUGCCAGCCUACACGAACAUAUUCUCUUCCCCCCGCCCCGAAGGAUAGUUAACACCGCCGGUGAUACUCUGUACAGGACUGCCCAAGUGGUGUUACCUUAUGAAACUCUUCUCAGCUAAAGGGAAAGGGAAGAGGGGAAUGGUAUAAACAGAAAAGCCUUACUUAAAUGCUUUGCACUUCAAAGCUUUUUGGUUUUAUUUUGCCUUUUUGCUGUGAUUUUAAUAAAAGAUUGUUU